CGAAUCGAAUGGUGUGGAAUCGAAUGAGCGGAGAGGAGCGUUAGUGAGGCGGAGUGGCGCGCGCGCUCGGCUCCGUGUUGCACGCGGCUCCGCCGUAUAUUGUGUAUACGGAGUUGGAUUUCGAGGAUCGAUCGUGGACGGUACGGGACGACCGACAGUCAGGUACAGUCAGUCGUUUCGAGGCUACCGAGCUAAACGGGUGUCGUUCGACGUUCAGAGCCGCGCCGGUUCUGCCCUCUUCCUCUUUCUCUUCCAAACUGUUAGCCUGCUGCUCGUCGUUUCGACCGCGCGCACUGUCUCGUUUCUCUCUUUCUCCUCGCGCGAUUGCACGGUGCACGCUUCUCUUCGGAGACCAUGAAGAGUGUCGUAAAGACGGCGUCCAGUCUUCUCGCCUUGGCAGUGAUCCACUCUGUCAUGUGCGCAUCCGUCACGGAAACUGUGGCCAACUUCUUCCCCGAAAUCGAGGGGAACCUCACCAAGAUCAGCUGGGCACACGCAGUCAACGACAAGGCAACGUUGAACAAAACGUUGGAAGGGAGCGCGAUGAUGCUGGAAGCAGACGUUGUGCUUGGCAAAGUAACAGGACAGGACGGAAGCGUUCAACAACCGAUAAUGGCCCAUCCACCGGCGAACGAGAGCGAUCUGUCGCUCGAGAAUUUCCUCAACACCGUGAUCGAGAGGAAGGGGAUCAAGAAGGGCGUAAAGCUCGACUUCAAGAGCGUCGAGGCGUUCAACGCGAGCAAACCUAUCCUGGACAAGGUUCGCGGUAACUUGACGUUCCCCGUGUUCCUGAACGCCGAUAUAUUGGAAGGACCCACUAACGCAACCGCCACACCGGUCGAUCCGAAAUUCUUCGUCGGCCAAGCGAAGGCGUAUCCGAAGUACACUCUGUCGGUCGGUUGGACUACGAGUUAUGCGAACUCGGAGAACAACACGGAGAAUAUCGACCGGUACACGGAACAGCAAAUUCAACGGAUGAUCAAUACUCUGACAGAGCAGCAAGUUACCCAGUCGGUAACUUAUCCCGUAAGAGCCGGCCUCGCGGCCAACGAUAUAAACGUGAUGAAGACGUUGAUGGAAAAUUCGACCGCGUCUGGGAUCAAGAACGCGACCUUGACCGUGUGGUCGGGCGAGGGGGACAAGGUGAACGCGGAAAAAUUGUCCCAAAUGAUACGGGAGAUAGGGGUCGAGAAGGUUUACGUCGACGUGCCGAAAGAGUUGUUGGACAAGCUUCGAUUGUCGGCCGCGUCCAGCCCGGAGAGGCCGGCCACUCUCGUGCUCGCUGCCACGCUUUUCCUCGCCGUGUCGCUCUCCACCAUGUUGUGAACGAUCCCAACAAUUUCGCCCGCCCCGUUUCGCGCGCUUCGCUCCCCGCCGGGUUGGGCGGCGGGGGCGGCGGGGGGGAGGGGGGCCUCCUCCUAGGACCACCUUCCGCGCGCCCCCUCCCCCGCGCCCCUCCCCCCGCCCGCCGCCCGGCGACGAGAGGGAAGGGGCGAGGCGAGAUCGAUGACGGGACCCACGAAAUCGAGCCGCGACCGAUCCGAUUCGUUCCCGUUUCUAGAACUCGUCGAGCCCCCCGACGUCGAGCCUGUGUAUGUACUUGUUUUUUUUUCUUUUUUCUUUUUUUUUUCUUCUCUCGUACCGGUAGCGUCAAGCUUAUCCGCGAAACGGACUUUUUUCUAAGUAUUCUAAGGAAGCUUUCCGCUAGAGAGCACACAGAUUAUUAUUAUUAUUAUUUUUAUUUUUAUUUUUAUUAUUAUUAUUAUUACCCUCGCGACCACCAUGCUUUCGAUCGAUACUCUCGAUGUUUCUACUUUUUCUUCUUAUUCUUCUUCUUUUUCUUUUUUCCUCGCGAUCCAUAAUUUUAGAGAGAGAGAGAAUCUUUUUUUUCUUUUUAGAGAAUCAUAGAGGCGAGGCGCAUUUUUCCUUUCGUGUCUCGAUUUUUAAGAUUAAAAAAAAAAAGAAAGAUUAAAGAAGUAAUAAUAAUAAUAAGAUAGAGUAAGUAAGAUAUAAGAUAUGUAAGAGUAAGAGGCAUACCUAAGGCGGAAAGUAUCGCAACGAUAGAUUUUGCUUUGAUAAUAAUUAAGAGAGAGAAACGUUCCUUGUUGUUCGUACCGUUUCUUUUUUUUUUUUUCUUUUUCUUCCUUUCUUUUUUUUCUUUUUCCUCGAUGUACUCUACACACACACACACGUACAUACACAUACACGCAUACGUUUUAUCGUAUUAUUUUGACAUCUCGUCACAACGCAAGCGAUUUAAUCGAUGACCGCGGUCGACGAAUCGAUCGACGAAUCUUGGAGGAGGGAUCCGGUUCGAGAUCUUUCCUCGUUGCUCCGCGAGGAAUCGUGCGUAGUGCGUUAUAAUCGUACCUAUUUAGUGUUCAUCGACGUAUCUCCUGUACCUGCCUUCGACAUAUCUACAGACAUAGUUUCAGGAAAUGCAGAGUAAUAAGAAACGAACAAAAACAAAAAAAACAAAAAAAAAAGAGAGAGAAAAGAAAAGAACAAAACGGUAUUAAACUUUAUCGAAGCUGUAACGCUGUAUGUCUGCAAGCCAAAGGAUUGUGAAUGCGAUUGUGAAUACGGUGCACCCGCGCACCGCGUUUGAUAACACGAAACAAUAAAAUUAUGCGCAAAAUUG